AUGGCAUUUCCAUCAACGAGUUCAUUGCCAAUUAAAGAGCAGACAGAACGAGCUGAAAGUCAAUUUCAGCAGAUUGGACUACUAAAUGCAGUUGAAGAUACAUAUGGAGGAGUUAAGGUAGAUGUUGAAGAACCUAUGGACUCUAAUGUCUAUGUUCCUCUGCUUAGAGCUUCAAUGUCACAAUGGAAGCAGCAGGGGAAGAAGGGUGUUUGGAUCAAGUUACCUAGUCAGCUUGCUAAUCUUGUCGAACCUACAGUUAAGGAAGGAUUUAGGUACCACCACGCAGAACCAGAUUACCUGAUGUUAGUGUAUUGGAUUCCUGAAACUCCCGAUACUCUUCCUGCAAACGCCUCCCAUACUGUUGGUAUUGGUGCCUUCGUCAUGAAUGAUAACAGAAAGGUAUUAGUAGUUCAGGAAAAGAAUGGUGCGUUCAGAGGCACAGACGUAUGGAAAUUUCCUACGGGCGUUGUUAAUCAAGGCGAGGAUAUUUGUACAGCUGCAAUUCGAGAAGUGAAAGAAGAGACAGAUGCAUUUUGUGGAAAAUCGGAUUUAUUUUUUGUUUGCAUGUUACGACCACUCUCCACUGACAUCAAAAAACAAGAUUCAGAGAUCAAGGCAGCACAGUGGAUGCCAAUUGAGGAGUACGUAGCCCAACCUUUCAAUCAAAAACACGAGUCAUUCAAAAAUGUUGCUGAAAUAUGCAUGAGUAAGUCAAAGAGCAACUAUAGCGGAUUUUCCCCGGUGCAAACAUCGUCAUCUUCGGGUAAAAAGUCCUACUCUUACUUCAACGAACUGCAGCCUGAGAAAACUCCACAAGUAACGGCGUAG